AGAUUACAUUUUAAUUCCUUUGUAUUUUAUAAUAGCGAACACUUGGUGUGGCUCGAUAACUCAGUGAUUUGACGGUCAGCUACUUUGUACUGCCAGGAAAUGUAAUCAACCGCAGAGCGACACGAUCGCUAGCUAGAGGAAGGCAACUCUUUUACUGCGAAAAUGAUUUCCACCAGGUUAUUAUCUGGAGCUGUUGUGGUCAACAAGGUUGGUUCCAGGUUUAUAUUCAAGAGCUCCAAGCCUGACAUGGCCAAUCCCAACUGGGUGCGAGUGGGCUUUGCCUUUGGAUCAUCUGCUUUUCUUUGGGGCCUGCUUUUCAAGCAGCACAAUACAGACAUUCACGAGUACAAAGUGAGGAAUGGCCUGGAUUAACCAGUAGUAACAUGUAACGAUGUCACCAGGUUCUGUCUAUAGGAUUCAUCUGUUCCUCUCUCGUUUCUGUUGUUUCCUGUUCUUUGUUCUUUAUUCUGUAUGAAAUAAAAAAUAUGUAAGGUACCAAACACAAA